CAAUCCUGUAAUUAUGGUGAAAAUUGUCUAAAAUAAUCAUACAUCUAGCCAUAAAUAUCCCCAGAUGUAAAACGUCUUUCAAGGGAUUGAAUAGCUGUCUUCAUUUUCUCCUCACUCAAAAUCGCGAACCCUAGCCUCCAUCACUCUUGAACUCAAACUUGCUCAUCUUCCUCUCACGCUCAUCACUCUCACUCGAACCCUCACGUUCCCUUUCAGUACUGAAUCAAGGCUCACGAACCCUAACUCACCGAAAUGCAAAUUACACGAAUUGAACCUCUCUUUCGUCACGAAUUGAAGCUCUCUCGUUUCCUCUCCCUCUGACUGAAACGCAAACAGCGUGAAAGUUCCACUUUCUUUAACUAUAUAAAAGAGUCAUGAGAUGAAAUAUAAUCUAAGGGUCAAACAAGUGGUUCGGAUAAGCAAGGAAUCCACGGUGUUCUUCGAAUGCAGUCCUCACAACUUGACAAACAGAAACCCAUUUAUCAGUGCCUUCAAGUUUUUGUCGCUGAGACUGUGUCUGAGAUAAUUUGGAUUCUGACACAUCCAGAUGCAAAGACUUACCGUGCUAGGGUCCUGGAGAACUAUGAGCAGUUCUGCACCAUCUUUUGCCAUUUUAAUGAGCCUUUGCAUCGUAAUGACUCCGAGCCUUGUAAUGAGCCUUUGGAGUUUGAAAGUGUCUGUCCAGUUAACUAUGAUAGCAAUCUUAAAGAUAUAAUGAAGCAUAUGAGGUGGACAAGUGAUAUGGACAGCUGUUUAAGUGAAAUUCUCGUUCAAAAAAUUAAACUGGUAACAGAAGCAUAUUUGACCACAAACUAAAACCUGCUGCAUUGGAAGCUGAUGUGCUGGCUAUUAAUGAAAAGUUUAAGCUUUAUAUGUUGAAAACAUGGAAGAAACAAUAUGAUAUUCUGUCUUUGGGAACUUUAAGGUUUAAGCAUAAAAAAAGUGUGGAAAAUAUGGAGGGAAAAGGAAGGUAGAGGAUCCUUGUCCUGUGGAAUAACCAAGGCUGCUAAUUUGUUUCUAUUGUUUCUGUCCUUAAAUUGUUAUCAUUAAGAUCAAACAUUUAACUUAUAUGAAUGAAUGUCUUUUAUUUUGUAUAAUUGUGGUUUCUUCCAUUAUCCCUGACCUUUUAAUAGUUAAAACUCAGUUUGAUUACAUUGUUUUGACCAUUUCUUUACCAUUAUUUCUGUUCUUAACAUUCUAGUAUUUUUUAUACUUAUAUCUCAUUACAAGGUGACUGAGGCUCUUGCACAUGCAGGCCUUGAGUCUUCCAAUCUUAUUCUUGGAAUUGAUUUCACCAAGAGCAAUUAGUGGACAGGUUAGGCCAUAUUUAUAUAUUUAUAGUUUUCUAAGAUAAGAUUUAAAUUUAUGCAUUAUACUGUUGUGAAAUAUAUACUCAGCUUGAUGUUGCAUUCAGGAAAGCAUUCAUUUAAUAGAAAAAGCUUGCAUCACAUUGGGAAUGGUCUGAAUCCCAAGGAACAGGCAAUAUCCUUCCUGCUCAUAAGAUUGAGUUAAGCCUAAAAACAAAUGACUUGACCUUUUGGUCAAUUAAAAAGGUGUAAGUUGAUAUCUUGCACCUUCUAAAAUCCAUCUAUUUUCUCCCAUCAUUACCCUUGUUUUAUGUUUGCUGUUUUGUCCUUGAAUUAUUGCUUAAUUACAACAGUAGUUCCCAAGAAGAUUUAAUAAUGGGGAAUAUUUAGUAGGUUUAUCUGAUGUUGCUUUUGCAUCAACCAAUCCAAGGCGCGGUAACGAAGGUAAUACUCAAGGUUUUAUCCGUUUGUCCAAAAGGAUAAUCACAAUUGCUGCUCACCCUAUGUACGACACUAUUGUAGCUGGAGCUGAGAUAUGCAGUGUUUUUGAUGUAAGAUGCAAAUUACUAAGCAAAUUUUAUUGAAAGAAAAGACUUCCAUGGAAAAGAGACAGACAGUGGAAUGGUUAGAUCUUCCCACCGAGUUGUGGACAAUGAUAGCCAAACAUCUCAUUAUAGACAACACUUCAUUUGAAGAAGUUUUCCGGUUUCGCAGUAUUUGUAAGACAUGGCGCUCCGCUCACCCUCUCCCGCAACACACACCAUUUGCUCCGCAAGUUCGCAUUCCUCUUAGGAGGCGUCGAAAAUAUUUCCUCCUCCAAACCACCAUGUACCGUCUCCAGCCAUUAUUAAAUGAUGACGAUGCACCUUCAAAAGGGUGGCUUAUAAUGCUCGGAAAGUCAGAAUCCGUGCCACUUCGUCUCUUAAAUCCUUUCACCUGCACCCCUGUCUCAGACAACCCUCAAGCAUCGGAGGACACUUUGCAAAGGGUGGUAAAUUUCAUGAACUUUAAGGUUGUGAAGUUGCUUGAAGCCUUCAAUUGCAAUACCAAUAGUUUUCUUAAACAGGUAUUGUUCCCUAGUACUUUGCCUGUGGAGGGUCGUAUGGUGGGCGCUCUAUCUAAGGAUGAUUAUAAUAAUUUGUGGGUUCGCAAGAUUGGAGAUAAGAAAUGGACCAACAUAAAAUGGAGUGAUUAUGAAGGUUUUCAUGAUAUAAUCAUCCAUAAGGGGCAACUUUAUGUUAUAGAUUGUCUAGGAACAAUUUUUUGGAUGAAUCAUUUGUCCACGGAGUUGGUACAGUUUACACAACCAUUGUGCUCGUCGUAUAAAGGCAAAAAGAAGAAAAUGGUGGAGUUUCGUGGAAGACUCUACGUGGUUGUGAUGCUUAUGAAUACAAACCAUAGCUCUUGGAAAUUGGAAGCUGAUAUUAAAGUAUACACGGUCAAUGAAGAAUGGGGUCAUUGGGAAGUUGUGAAAAACUUGGGGAAUGUUGCAUUUGUUUUGGGUAGACACUCUAAUUUCUCAUUGUCAGCUCAAGAUUACCAUGGAAUUGAAGGGAAUUGCAUCUACUUUUCCGACUUCCUUGAUAUAUUCAAGGUUUACCGUUUCAGCUUAAAAGAUUCCAUGUUAACUAUUUCUAAACCUUUCUGGCCUUGUUCCGAUUUGUUCAAAAAGACCUAAUAUACGAUUUAGAACCCUAAUUUUUAUAUGUGAAUCAUAACUAUGUUUGAUCAUUGAGAAAAUUUUAUUCGGUUAUAUUUGCUUUUAUGCAAUUGAUCUGGGUUGUUAACAAUUUUCCGGCGAUUAUGAUGGGGCUUGUGCGAUUAAAGUAUAUAUGGGGUUUUAUGCUAUUGCUACAAUUUUCUAUUGUUUGAUGUGUGGAUAUAUAUGGUGCAGUACCAAUGAAGUCGGUUUAAUACAAUUAUAUUUUUUU